UUGCUGGAUUUAUUUGAUCACAAUGGUUGCGCAUAUAAGGUAUGCACUCAAUUUGCGAUAGGGAACAAUACCUAUGAUUCAGCAUUCUUUGUUGCCUGUCAGUACAGUCCUAGGGGAAAUUUUAAUAAACAAAAACCCUACACGAAAGGCAAUCAAUGUACAAAUUGUCCUUCUGGAUAUGAAUCGUGUGAUAACGGCCUAUGCGCUGCUCAAUCUUCAGGUAAAACUUCAACCAAAUCCCCGCCAGUUUCAACCUCCUCUUCACAAAUACAUCCAACUCCAAAUCGGACAACAACAUCGUCGACUACUUCAGUCUCAUGCUCUGAAGUGCUCGCUAUGAUGGCCUUAGUAAUUGCGAAUCACUUUAAGUAA